AGGAGGGAGGGAGGAGCGGAGGACUCACUUCCUAAAAACACGUUCCCCUGCCCUCUGCCUCAGGCUUGUUUUGUAGUUUUAAACUUUAUUUGUCAGUACACGGUUCAUUCUGACUGAGUUUAGAGUAAAGUCAGACCUCACUCAGCCCCUCUAACUCACUUCACAGCGUCACGUCUCAGAUCUGUGACUUUCACUUUGACAGCUGAGGAUCGGCAGAACAACAAGUUGUAGGUUUCCUGGAUGGAAAAGGAGGGUCUGCUGACCGGGACCGAGAAUGGAGCCUCCGCAGACUAUGGCUCCAGGUCGGGAUCGGGCAGCAGGAGGAUGUCCUACUCUGUCUCCGGACAGUCUUGCCAAGUGGAGGGGGGUACAGGUGAUGAAGACCUUUACAUCCAACAGGCUGUUGUGUUCAUCGAGGACGCCAUACAGUACCGGUCUAUCAACCACCGGGUAGAUGCAAGCUCGCUGCGCCUGUAUCGAUGGUACUACUCAAGGAUUUGCCAGUGGGGUUUAGGCCUGACCAUUGCAGCGGUGUUGUUGCUAGCAUUUGUGGAGCGCCCGUCUUCAUUGGCCAUCUCUUCUGACCCUCGAUAUCGCUUCCAACCCUGGGAGCCUCCUUGUGGCUUCACCGAAAGCAUCGAGAUGGUCUGCCUCAUCGUGUUUGCUCUUGAUCUUGCUGUAAAGAGCUACCUGAUUGGCUGGGAGGAGUUCAGGAAGAACAAAUGGCUGAUCAGUUACACAGUGGUGAUCACAGUCUCUGUCAUUGACUGGGUGCUCUCUGUCAGUAUGGUGUGUGAUGAGAAACUGAGAGUACGGCGACUCCUGCGUCCAUUCUUCCUGCUGCAAAACUCGUCCUUGAUGAAGAAGACACUCAAGUGCAUCAAGAGGACUCUACCAGAGAUCGCCAGUGUCAUCCUACUGCUGGCUCUCCACCUCUGCCUCUUCACUAUGAUCGGCAUGCUGCUUUUUGCUAAAACUGAGGAUCCAAAGAGGAACGGAGAGUGGGAGUUACAUUUUAGAGAUCUGCCCAUGUCACUCACUUCCCUGCUGGUUCUGCUCACCACAGCUAACAACCCUGACGUGAUGAUCCCUGCUUACUCGCUCAACAGACUCUACUCCAUUUUCUUCGUCACCUUCAGUGUCAUUGGAACUUACUGUCUGAUGAACUUACUGACAGCCAUCAUCUACAACCAGUUCAGAGGGUAUUUACUGAUGUCAGUCCAGACGUCCAUCAUCAGGAGACGACUUGGGAUUAGAGCUGCUUUUCAAGUCCUCAGCUGUCGAAGAGCUCAACAAGCUGCUGUGGAGCAUGUACGUGUUGAUGCUGUGCUGGAGGUGAUGUCCAGGGUCCAGAUGAAAAGUUACUACAGAGCAGCCAUCACUAAGGAGGCUCAGCAGUGUGCAGACCUGGGCUCCAUGGACCGAGAGCAGUUCAGGAAGAUCUUUGAUGAACUCGAUAAAGAUCGCAUCAAGGAGCAUCCUCCCUUGCCCCAGUAUGACUCCCCAGUCCUGCAGAAACUUCAGAGAGUCUUCAGCCACUACUAUCUCACUGUGCUGGGCAAUGUAGUGGCAUUGGCCAACGUCAUGUGCAUAUGUACUGUGUUGGUGUUGAACUCUGAGAAGACCACUGCAGAGAGAGACAACUACAUCAUGGAGAUCAUCAACCUGUGCUUCAUCCUCUACUACCUGUUUGAGAUGUGUGUGAAGAUCUUUGCCUUCGGCUGGAGAGGCUACCUGUCCUACAGGAACAACGUCUUUGACGGCUUCCUCACCAUCCUGCUAUUGAUUCUACAGAUCACUAUAUAUAUCACCUACAGGCUUCCUUAUUCUGACUGGGACACGUCCUCUCAUGGUGUGAUGUCUCUGUGGGAGAUGGUUCGUUUGGUUAACAUGCUGAUUGUCUUCCGCUUCCUUCGCAUCAUCCCAGAUAUCAAGCUCAUGGCUUUGGUUGCGAGCACACUGUUGGACCUGUUGAAAAACCUGCGAGCCUUUGCAGGGAUCCUGGUGGUGGUGUACUAUGUGUUCGCUGUGUUUGGGAUCUGGCUAUUUGAAGGGGCCAUUAAACCUCCUCCACAUAUGAGUGUUCUCCCCAACACCACCAUGGAGGACAUCACCUCUAACUUCAGCAUGGCGUGUGGCACCUAUGAACAGCUGGAGUACUGGCCAAAUAACUUUGACGACUUUGCGGCAUCCAUCAUUCUGCUGUAUAAUAUCAUGGUUGUCAACAACUGGCAGGCCUUCAUGGAUGCAUACAGCAGAUACACCACAGACUGGUCCAAGAUCUUCUUUGUAUGUUGGUGGCUCACCUCGUCAGUCAUGUGGGUCAACUUGUUUGUGGCGCUCAUCUUAGAGAACUUCAUCUAUAGGUGGGACCGCAGUCACAGCUGCUCUGUUACUGAAGUGGAGAGGAUCAGAUACCAAACCUCUGUGCAGCUCAUGUUCAGAGAGCAGAUCCAGGAACCAACAGAAGAGGAGUUACUGUGUCAGCUUCACCAACACCCACACUUACACCUGGACUGGUGACACACACAUACACAUAUACUCAUACAAACUCAAACAUAUAUGUACACACACACGCACACUAUGGUGCUGGAUUUGUGUCACAGCAAACACACACGACGCACACACAUUUGUGUGACUAUUCCCUUAAAGUCCCACAUGUAUGUAUGUAUGUAUGUAUGUUUGUGCGUUGUGUAAGUAGACUUGAGCAUUCAGUGCUGCUUAUGGCACAUUUUUCUAUGCUUUAUGUAGAAUGUUAGUGGCACGGUGGUAUUAUUUUAUGGUUCAGGGAUCCAAAACCUGCUCCCUCCUUACUUAUCCCAGCCAUCAAAUGUAUUAUUAUGUUUUAUCAGGUCAGAAAUAUGCCCUUUUCCCUGCACAAGCGCUAAUAGUUCUUAACAAGUCUCAGACAACUAAAGCUUUGCUCGGCACUGGUGCUGCUGAUUUGAAUGGUUGUUGUGAGCCACAGCCAAAACAGAAUAAAGUUUGCAUUAGUGUUUCUACUGCAGGCAAGAACUAAUUAUUUUUUUAUGGGUUAUUUUGUAUUGGAUAAAGCACUGACAUUUUAGCAAAUGAUGUGGAAUUUCAAAACAAUUGCCAUCUUAAAUAUGAAACAUUGACCUACUGUCUUAUUUUAAUAUAGGAUAAAAACAAACUACCUGUUUCAACUGACUCAUUUUGGUUCAGAGCCAUAGGUGUCCACAUCACAGUGUGACGAAGCCAAAAUCAGGACAAGCCAAUGCAGAAUUUCAAAAUAAAAUCCAUCUUAAAUAUGAAAUAGCGAGCCACAUUUUUCAUUAAUUUCAAUUUGAGAUUAAAAAAUAAUCCCUGUUUCGACCAACUCAUUUUUGGCCAGGCUGGUACUUCAUAACAGUAAGAAAGUAACAGAGCCUGAGGCACACUGGAUCCAUAAUAACCAUUCAAAAUAACAUUAAGAGACGCGCGUACAAUCAGCUGAUCACGAUGUGCACCUCUUUCCCUCGCUCUUUAGAGCUUGCUCUGCUUCAGCACUGGACAGCGCCGUGUUUACCCAUUUUAUCAUUUUCAGCACAAACAAGAAGAAGAAUUUCCCCUUUCACAGCACAAAUGCUCACUUGAACACUGUUGGACUUACAAUAAUCUCUUAAUAUUUAGGCACCACAUGGAUUAAACAAAUUGCCUACAAUGCUUCAAUAUGCCCCUACAUUUAUUGGCCUGGUGCAUUUAUCAUCAUCACACUCAUCACUCAUCCUUGCUUUAUCCAACACAACACACCGGUAACUCAUUGAAAGAAUUAAAAGGAUUAUUAACAAUGCUUACCUGCAGUGGAAACACUAACACACGAAUCCCACUAGUGAGCUACUAUUUCAAUAUUUACGUGUAUUCUUAUUUUGUAUGCUGUGUACUCCUGGAAUAUAACAAACACAUCAUCUCUUAAAGUAAAAGUAAAAGUUGGGUUUUGAACCCAGGUCUCCUGUUUGUAUGCCCCCCAAAUACCACUGCACUACAGACCAUGGAGACAUGUGAUAGGGAGAAAAUGUGGUAACACAAUAGUGGGUGCGUCUGGAAGUCCAUUGGUGUGCACUACUUUCACACGCACAUACGUACAGAUUAAUGAAAUACUCAUGUGCUUUGCAUGUGUGCACUGUGACACAAUUCCCGCUUCUCACACACACACACACACACACACACACACACACACACACACACACACACACACACACACACACACACACACACACACACACACACACACACACACACACACACAUACUGUUACUACUUAAUCUGUCUACUGUGUGAUUUAAGCACUGAAAGGUCAAUAUAAGAGCAUUUUACUUUUAGUUUGUUUUAAAUACUUUUAUUGUUGUUUUUUUUUUUUCUACUACUGAAACAGUAAAAAGCACAUUGUUUUCAGUAUCAGUGCACCUUUGUGUUAUAGUUGAGUUACCUAAAGUGUAAAUAUUAAUGUUUCAUAUUGCUGCCAUUCCCUCCACCAGCAACUAGCAACAUAACGUAAAGGAAAGGAGUGGGAACAGCAGUCAAUUUUGGCAUAUCAGGUCAUUGGGGUUCAAAUGCACAACCCCAACACUGAAAAGGAAGCAGAUGCUCAAGCCCUCAUGUACUUAAACUAUAACCACUUUCAUCAGUUUAAAUAUGACAGACACGCGAGAACCAAGUCAAGCUAACAACCAAAGUUUUGCCAUAAGUGAGUUUGGCGGUAUUGUAAUAACCUGUUUUUCUCACUUGUACAGAUAUUGUUAUGAAUAGCUUGUGGACCUUGAUUGUUUUCAGGGUUUUUUUCACUGUUGUUCACAUCUCAAACAUAGCUAUCUGUGGGAGGAUAUCUAAGCUGAGUGUCACCAGGACACACGUCUUCAACUGAAACGCACAAAUGCAUAUUUAAACAAAGCAGCCUGCACUCAGAUGGAGGGGAUACUUUGCCUUCUUGGAUCAGCCUUUUAAAGGGUCUCUGCACCUCUUCGCACAAACUGAACACAAUUAGCAUGUACGUGCACUCUCUCACAGGGAACAGAUUGUUUUUAUUUUUCCUGGAACCACACCAUACACCAGUAACCUGUUUUGAUGUAAGGGAAAUCUUAAGUUACACCUGAGACAUUUAGGAAGUGGUGUUCUUGUAAGGGGAACAUGUUUUGGGAGGCUGUAUGUUAUAAAAGCUGGAGUAACAGAGGCUCAGUAAAAACACAGCUUUUCUGCAUGCUACCUGCCACACAGCACUGAGAGUUUCCUAAACUGAAUUUAAAAAAGGGAUUUUUUAAAUAGAGAUUUUAUCUGUUUAUGACUUAUUGUGCCUUAGUAUUUAUAAAUUGUAGAGUCCACUGAAUGGUGAAGAAUAAAAGGAUUUUAUUGAAAAAAGGUUGGUUGAGUAAAAGUUCUGUGUUGACUGUAACUUGAAAAACAGCUUGUCUGCAUUGUAUGAAUGGUGUUGGUAAAAACUGGGUAAAAAGACAGAUUUAAAUAAAUAUUUUACAAAA